CCUAACUCUCUCCGUAUUUUGUACCACCAAUCACCCUCCUUCUAGCUCUCUCUGCCUUAUUUUCCUACCAUAUCAUAUUUUGAAACACCUUUCUCUAUUUGCAACAAUCCUUCUAAUCCCUUUCUUUCUUUCUCCGUUUCUGUUUUUUAGAACCAUGUUGCCUAGGAGUCGAACUAUGCCUAGCAGAAUCCACCAUGGAGUGGUAGAUGAAAGGCAUGAUAUCAGGCACUACUUAGAGGUGGAAGUCCAGCCUAAAGUUAGUGAGAGCGAAGCUAUCAACCCUCAAUCCAAUUACUCAAAGUGCUUUGAUGAUGAUGGUCGCUUGAAAAGAACAGGAAAUUUCUGGACUUCAUCUUCCCAUAUAAUCACUGCUGUUAUAGGGUCAGGAGUCCUAUCAUUGGCUUGGGCCAUAGCGCAGCUGGGUUGGGUUGCAGGACCAGCUGUUAUGGUCCUAUUUGCAUUUGUAAAUCUCUACACUUCGAAUCUACUAGCACAGUGCUACAGGUCUGGCGACCCUGUCACGGGACAGAGAAAUUACACCUACAUGGAUGCUGUGAAAUCUUACUUGGGAGGACGGAAGGUGAUGUUAUGUGGAUUGAUUCAAUACUUAAAUUUGUUUGGUGUUGCUAUUGGUUAUACGAUUGCAGCAUCAGUCAGCAUGAUGGCAAUAAAGAGAUCAAACUGUUUCCAUAGCAGUGGAGGAAAAGAUCCAUGUCAUAUGUCAUGCAAUGGGUUUAUGAUAACAUUUGGAAUCAUAGAGAUCUUAUUUUCUCAGAUACCAGACUUUGAUCAAGUAUGGUGGCUUUCUAUAGUGGCUGCUAUAAUGUCUUUCACAUAUUCUACAGUUGGUUUGGGUCUUGGUAUAGGCAAAGUUGCAGGAAAUGGAACCUUCAAAGGAAGCCUGACUGGUAUCAGUAUAGGGACGGAAACACAUGCUGGACCAGUUACUUCUACACAGAAACUAUGGAGAAGUUUGCAAGCUCUUGGAGCCAUAGCCUUUGCUUACUCGUUCUCCGUUAUCCUCAUCGAGAUUCAGGAUACAAUAAGAUCUCCACCUGCAGAAUACAAAACUAUGAAGAAAGCAACUUUAUUUAGCAUCAUUACAACUACAAUUUUCUACUUACUCUGUGGAUGCAUGGGCUAUGCAGCUUUUGGUGAUUUGGCCCCUGGAAAUCUUUUGACUGGCUUUGGAUUCUACAACCCCUACUGGCUUUUAGACAUCGCUAAUGUUGCGAUCUUUGUUCAUCUUGUUGGUGCAUAUCAGGUCUAUUGCCAGCCAUUGUUUGCAUUUGUAGAAAAAUGGAGUGCUCGGAAGUGGCCUCAGAGCAAUUUUGUGACAGCAGAAUAUGAGGUACCCAUCCCCUUUUAUGGUGUGUACCAGCUGAACUUCUUCCGGCUAGUAUGGAGAACAAUAUUUGUUAUGCUGACAACUUUAAUAGCCAUGCUCAUGCCCUUCUUCAAUGAUGUUGUUGGACUUCUUGGUGCCCUGGGAUUCUGGCCAUUGACAGUUUUCUUUCCCAUUGAGAUGUACAUUUCUCAGAAGAAGAUUGGGCGAUGGACAAACCAGUGGAUAGGGCUCCAGAUUCUCAGCAUGACUUGCCUCGUGAUCACCAUAGCCGCAGCUGUUGGGUCUGUUGCCGGGGUUGUCUUGGAUCUCAAAACUUACAGGCCAUUUAAAACUAGUUACUGAGAGAGCUAUGGAUCGGGAGUCCGCAUUUCAAGAAGGGAAUUCCUCAAGUUGUGUUAAUAAGUAUAUAAAUUGAAGAACUUAAGAGUCAUGCAUGGACUGAAAUGUAUCCUUUUCAAUCUCCAAAAAAUUUAAGACAGAUUUCCUUUUGUCAGCCAUCAAUACACAUCUUAUUCCGUGCAGGUGCUA